GACUCAUUUCAAUCACACUGCAGUGUUCCGCAACACUGUCUGUUUCGAAGCAUUAGCACAAGUGUGUGGAAAACUCGAGACGUGUAAUACAAAUACACUUUGUUGUAGUUGAACGAAAUUUUAGCAAUAAUAAUAAAAACUGUCGUGGCCAAGAAGAGGGAUUCAGUCACAGGACGGUAGAUCUGUCGCUCAGUCCAGACAGUUGUGACCCUUGACACAGUUUGUCUCUCCACAAUCUACUGAAGGAUGUCCAGAAAAGUUGUGGAAUUGUUUUAUGACGUUGUCUCCCCCUAUUCCUGGCUGGGAUUUGAGAUGCCGUUGAUUUCAGGUGCUGUGUCGCUACAGAAAUGUGUGGAACAUCGACCUCAAAUUGAAACCUGCUUAUUUAGGGGGAGUCAUGCAUUCAUCAGGUAACCGCCCCCCUGGACUGGUCCCCAAUAAGUUUCUGUACAUGGCGACUGAUCUGCAUCGACUGGCUGAGUACUUUGGAGUGCCUUUAUCUCCACCAUCUAACCCUGCUGAGGUCAUGUUUGAGAAAGGGUCUCUGCCUGCAAUGCGUUUUGUGACAGCUGUGGCAGAGAAACAUAAAGAUGACGAUGCACUGGUGGAGAAAGUGUCUAGAGAACUGUGGACAAGGAUCUGGAGCACUGAUCAAGACAUUACCCAGCCUGCCUCACUCACUGAGGCAGGAUUAAAGGCAGGCCUCUCAGCUAGUGAAGUGGAGGAAUUACUUCACCUUGCCACGUCUCAGACAGUCAAAGACAAGCUGAAGAAUGUCACAAAGCAAGCACUGGACCACAAAGCUUUUGGUUUCCCGCUGACAGUGUGUCAUGUGAACGGAAAGCCGGAAGUCUUCUUUGGGUCUGACAGAUUUGAGCUUAUGGCACAUUGCAUUGGUGAGAAGUGGGUGGGGCCUCGGCCUACCAAGCCCACAGCCAAAAUGUGAUCACGACUCGCGAUCACAACCUACAUUUUGUGUAUUUCAAAAAUUCUAUAUAGCAUUUUAAA